AUGGUGGAGAAGGAGAUGGCUCUAAAUGAUAUUAAAGUUUUGGGAAUAUCUGAAUCAUGGUGGCUUGGACAAGGCAGAUUUACAUCAGACGAAGGAAAUACAAUCAUCUUUGCGGGGAAAGAAAGUGGAAGGAAGCGAAGGGGUGUGGGAUUCAUCAUAAAGAAGGCUACAACUAAAUGUGUCUUGGGAUAUCGCCCGAUGAACGAGAGAAUUAUGACUGUGAGAUUACAAGGGCAUCCUAUGAAUAUAUCCACAAUUCAGGUAUAUGCACCAACAGCAGAUGCACCGGAGGAAGAAAUCACUGAUUUCUACGAGAUGGUACAAGAUGUCGUAAACAGCAUUCCUAGGAAAGAUUUCCUCAUAAUAUUGGGUGACUGGAAUGCAAAGAUUGGUAAAACGAGGGGAAAAUUUGAGUACAUUGGUAAUUAUGGUCUUGGCAUCAGAAAUGAAAGAGGUGAUCGACUGGAAGAAUUUUGUGUAGCGAACAGCCUCAUCAUUGGUAACACAUGGUUUGAGCAUCAUCCCAGAAGACUGUGGACGUGGAUGAGUCUGGGAGACAGAGCCAGAAACCAGAUAGACUACAUCAGGGUCAAGAAGAGGUGGCGGACUUCACUACAGAACGUUAAGACAAGACCAGGUGCUGACUGUGGCAGCGAUCAUCAGCUGCUUGUGACACAGACAUCCCCUCUAUUUGUGGCUUUAUAG